AUGAUAAAUACACUUGGAACCAUUUUUUUGUUAUACAUUUUGUUGAACAAGUAUUUUAUAUCAUGUGUUAAAAAAGAUCCUUAUGUUCUUUCGUACAUCAUAAAUAAUGAUAAAUGUUUUAGAUUCUUAACAAAUAGAACUCGCAGACUAUAUAAAGGAAGAGAAAAAAUUAAAUACGAAGAAGUUGUUACACAAAAGGAUAUCUCAAAUAUAAACACAGUUGUGUUAGCUCUACUAGAAUAUAAGAAAUUAUACAAUAAUUUAAACAUUCCAAAGAAUUACAUUCUUAAUGUUGAAGACAAUGAAAAUUUAAAGAAUUUUAAACUGUGGAAAAAAUUACAAGAUAUUAAAAAUGAAAAGAGUGACAAAAAAAAAAAGUACAUUUAUUUUAUUUUAAAAAAAAUGGAAUUCCCUGUAGAAACCAUAUUUAAUGAAGAGGAGAUACAAAAUUAUGAAAUGGAAGAUGUUGAAAUAACAUCCAUGUCUAAGUUGUCAACUGAAGAAAAUAUGAAUUAUGACAUUGACGAAAGACAAGAAGUGCGCAAAGAAUUGUUCUCUCCAUAUAUUAAAAAGACAAAAGAUAAAAAAACGGAAAAUGUAAAGGAUUUUUUGGCCCUAUAUAAAUUUGUACCUCAAAUAAAUGAACAAAGUACCUUACCUAAACAUUCAAACAAGAGUGUUCGAAAAAAAGGCAUUCUCAAAUAUAUUUUGUAUGAUCUCAAAAAAGAUAAAAAUUUUAAUUUUCAUUAUAAUUACUACUACGACAAUAUAUACAAUAAUGUUAAGGACGAUGAGUUAGACGAUUAUUUUAAAUUUUGUAUGAAAUUUAAAAAAAGCAAUCAAAAUUAUGAUUUGUAUGUUAAAGGAACGUCACCCUUUGGAGAUGAAGAAAGCAAGAAAGAGAAGAAAUUUUUUUUAUAUACUCGAAAGGAAAUUGAAGGGGCACAUUCUUAUGAUUUUGAUAAAUG